AUGAACAAUUCAACAUCGACAACACUGACAUCAAUACCCGUCACAAAGAUGGUUAAUGAUUUAUUUUUGCAAUGGCUUUCAUUAUCAGAUACACGUACAACACUAUAUACUGCAUUACAAAAUGUUCGAACACAUAGUAAAAUGCCUGAUCCUAUCAUUUAUCCGAAGACUUAUACAACACGUGGUGGUGGGUUUUCAAAACCACAACAUUUUGAUUCACCACCUGUUUCACCUGUUCCACGAACAGCUUCAAGUCCACGUAAUGGUUUAUCUUCAAUUCCAUCAAAUGGUGAAAAUACUCCUGGUAAAAUUAGUACUAAUGAUGAACGGAAACAGCGUUCUCUGAAGAAAAAAUAUCCAAUAGUAAAUGGUAGUACUACUCCUAAUACUACAAUAACCGGCAGCAUCGAUCAACAACAAAAACGCCGACGAGCAAUACACUUCUGUGAACAGUGUCGAUAUUAUGGUCGUUAUUGUGAUGCUAUACAUAAAGGCUUCUGUCGACCUGUUUCGACACCAUUGGCACGUAUAUCGAUAUCACCAAAAAUUCCCAAAUCACAUAUCAAUUUCGUUUUUGAAAAACGUUAUCCAGCUGAACAAAUACAGCAACAUAUUCAACAACAAAUUCGACAAAAAUUUACCAAUCCUGAGGCUAUAUGGCCACUUAAACCACAAUCAAUAGUAGGAGCAUCUACUAUUCCCGAUCAGCAACAUCGAUCGGCUUUCUUCAUUCCUGAGGUAUCUGGAGGAAAAGUUUCACCUCCACAAUUGACAAAACCAGAACCUUUACCAAUUUCACCAGCAACAUCAACAAAUGUUCUUCCUAGUCGAACUUCAACUACACCAUCCAAUGGUACUAUAUCGAAAACAUCUCAACAAACUCCUGUAUUACAACCACGUUCACAAUCUCCAUCAAAAAAUAUUCGAGAUCUAUCUCCAGCACCAUCAUCACCUAAACCAACAAGUGGUGGAGUUGCUUCUUUACGUGAACAAUUCGAUAGUAUUGAAUAUUCACCAUCAAUUUCAACAACAAAAACACCAACAAGACCAAAAUCACCAAUCUCAUCAGUACCUACUGACAAUACUAUACGACCAGCAUUUACACCAACAAAACCAACACCUUCUAUUAAAGAAACAUCACCAGUACCGAUAACAGUUAUUAAAUCUAAUGAAAUACCAAAACCAGCUGAAGAUAUUCCUAAAUUUUAUUUUCCUAAUGGACAAACAACAACAACGCCAACAUCAACAGUUGAUACAUUACUUAAUAAACAAUUACGCCAGGCUAAAGAAGAAUUAUUUCAACUAAAACAUGAUAAAGUCUAUUUAGAAGAUUUUGGAAAAUUAGCACAGUUAAUUGAUUUAAGUUUAUAUUGGAAAGCACCAUUAUUUCGUGCAUGUGUUUUUGAUGCAUUAGGAUCAAAAACAACAAUAACGCCAAAUACAACUGUAGCGUAUUCACAAUUUGAAAUGUUUUGGAAAAAAGUAUGCAAAAAUAAUCAUGAUAAUGCAUCAAAAUUUGUUUAUAUACUUGCUCUAUCAUCACCAUUAUCAUUACCAACAAAUCGUCAAUAUUUAACAACUGAUGAUUGGGAUUAUUUAAUACAAGAUAUUAUUGAUACACAUCCUGGUUUAAAAUUUCUUCGUGAAGCACGAGAAUUUCAUUCAAGAUAUAUUAAAACAGUUAUUGCUAGAAUUUAUUAUAAUUGUAAUCGAUCAUGGUCAGGAAAAUUAACUAUACAAGAAUUAAGGCGAUCAAAUUUUCUUUCGACACUCGAUCGAAUUGAAGAAGAAGAAGAUAUUAAUCGAAUACAUGAUUAUUUUUCAUAUGAACAUUUUUAUGUAAUUUAUUGUAAAUUUUGGGAAUUAGAUUCGGAUCAUGAUUUAUUAAUUAGUCGUGAUGAUUUAGCAAAACAUAAUAAUGGCGCUAUUUCAAAUAAAAUGAUUGAUCGAAUAUUUUCUGGUGCUGUAUCAAAUAGUCAAAAUAUGAAAGAAGGAAAAAUGUCUUAUUAUGAAUUUGUUUGGUUUCUUAUAUCCGAAGAAGAUAAACGUUCGCCAACAAGUAUUGAAUAUUGGUUUCGUUGUAUGGAUUUAGAUGGUGAUGGAGUAUUAUCAAUGUUUGAAUUAGAUUAUUUUUAUCAAGAACAAGUACAUAAAAUGGAAAUAUAUGGUAUUGAAUAUAUGCCAUUUGAAGAUUGUAUAUGUCAAAUGCUUGAUUUAGUAAAACCUGAAGAAGAUCAUAAGAUACGUUUAAAAGAUUUGAAACGAUGCAAAUUAACAAAUGUUUUUUUUGAUACAUUUUUUAAUCUUGAAAAAUAUUUAGAUAAUGAACAAAAAGAUCCUUUUUCAAAUAUUAAAGAUCCUGAAUCACCUGAUGUAUCAGAUUGGGUGAAAUUUGCUGAAGCUGAAUAUGAUAAUUUAACACAUGAAGAUGGAGCUAAUGAUAAUCUUGAUGAUGUAAAUUAUGAUGAAGAUUUUGAAGAUGAAGAUGAUGGAGGUGGAGCAGCUGUUGUUAUUGAACAAUCAACAAAUAAACGAAUGGGUUUAAGUGGUGGAAAUGGUAGUGCUGUAUCACCACCACAACGACUUGGUACAAAUAAUAAAACUAACGAUUCAGAUGAACGGUGGAAAGAUUAG